AUGAAUAUCUACGAUCCUAACAAUCAACAUCUUGGUGCAUCCAUUCUUUUCAAGAGUGCCAGCAACAGCAGUCUCUCACACUUGCCGGUUGAGUUGAUCGACAUGGUCCUUUCGCACUUAGAUACAUCAGCACUUUUCCGUUUGUGUCAUGUCAACCGAUAUCUUCGUGCUCUUGCACAACCACGCCUUUUCCAUCAUGCACAACAAGUGACCAUGCGAUUAUGGAUUUGCCAACCACACGUUGUUUCGCAUAAGCCGAUUGAUUUUGUAUGGUCACAUUGUGACUCAGAACGUAAUCGCAUGGUCUUUGUGCCGCAGCAAGAUGAAGCAGUUUUACCACUUCAACCUGCACUACCCCCUCCUCAGAUUGAUGGAUGCACCGUACUUGUGAAGAUGGGCAAUUCGAAACGUAUCUAUAGCAUUUCAUACAAGGAUCGAGUGGUGUCUGUGCCAGUGGAUAUCGAUUCUACAAAAGAAAACCAAGUUGUUUACAAGGGGGAUAAGGAUGGCGAACAAGAUUUGUCCUACGCUUGUGGAUGGAAGUUGCGAUACAAUGUACAACAACAACAACAACGCAAAGCAGUGGUUCCAUGCACCUUUGAAUGUGAUAUGGAUUUACUUGAUCCACAAGUGUUGUCGUCACCUACACCCAUUCCAGCAAGUGAUAAGAUUGGCCCCGAACAUGCAUUACCAUCAUCCCAUCAUCCCAUCGAGGAAAACAAAAAACAACAAGCCGAUCCCUUUUCUCGUAUCUUACCCAAUCUCUUUGUCGCUCAUGCAUGA